GAGUUUUUGCCAUUUCGCGGUCGUUGGUCGGUCUAGCCGGGUGUUAGCUGCUACUAAAGCGUACGCAUGCAGUACAUUCGUAGCUGUUCGAUAGAUUUUUAACAAAAAUAUGCAUUUUAAUCGAUAAGCAAAGCGCAAAGAGACGUGUAUAAGAGACCGUGGCAUUUGAGUGAUUACUUGAAAGAAUAUCAAAAUAUAAAAAGAUAAAUAAAGUGAACUUCAAAGAAUAUACUUUAAUUUAUUGGAUAAAACGCCGCACAAGCAGCAAAUAACAACAGCAACAAAAAUGACAGAAUCAAUGCCACGUGAGUACGAGGACAUACGCAUUGCAGUACCGUGGGGCCACAUAGCUGGACGUUGGUAUGGCGAUCGUAAUAUACGUCCCAUACUCGCUAUACAUGGUUGGCUCGACAAUCUGGGCACUUGGGAUACGCUCAUACCAUUGCUGCCACAACACGUCGGCAUACUAUGCAUUGAUCUCACCGGCCAUGGUUGCUCUUCGCGCUUUCCCGCAGGCGUGCCUUAUCACGCACUCGACUACGUCAAUCUGAUCAUAAGUGUGAUGAAGGAGUACAAAUGGCAAAAGGUCUCCCUGCUCGCGCACUCACUCGGCGCGCUCAUCUCAUACCAUUACGCCGCCUUGUACCCCUCGAUGGUGGACAUGUUAAUCGCUGUUGAUAUCAUAGUUCCAUAUUAUGUGCCACCGGAUAUCGAAAUCCAAUCGUUCCGUACAUAUACCGAGCGUGGGCUGCUGGAAGUUGAACGCGCUGAAAAGUUGGCGUUCCAAGAGCCGCCAACAUAUACGUUUGAGCAAUUGAAGCAAGUGCUGUACGAGGGUUCACAGGGUUCGGUUGAAAUGGAUAACUGUGAACAUUUAUUAACACGUAAUAUACAGAAAUCCACAAAAUAUCCGGAUAAGUAUUAUUUCGCGCGCGAUGCACGCCUCAAAUAUUAUACGCGCUUAUCCGCUUGGCCGCCAUUGCAAUUGGAAAUGGCGAAGCGUAUCAAGAACGUGCCCUAUCUAGUCAUAAAGGGUAGUUUAUCGGGUAUGAUACGCGCUGAUUCUGAUCCAAUUAUUGAUGUGCUACGUCAGAAUAAUCCACAUUUUGAGUACUACGAAAUCGAGGGCACACACCAUGUGCACUUGAAUAAUCCGGCGGCAUGCGCCGCUGUCAUAAAUCCCUUUAUAAAUGCCCAUAGACCAGCGAUGCCGAACACUUGGUGCGUUGAUGAUGAUGAGACGGCGCAGAAGCGUAGUGUGAGGGGUGGUGAAAAGAGAAAGAGAGCCAAAGGACGUCUGCGUUGGCUGAGAAGUAAAUUGUAAAGGAUCGGCGUAUCUCGAUAGAUCUAGUAGUCAAGUUUAAUAUUGAGACAAAUAAAAAAUACAAACGAGUAUUGUUUUCAAUGUGAUCAGUGAUAUACAAUAUUUAGUUACGUCCAAGUAAAAUUUCAGUAUCCA